AUGGAUGCCACCUUUGUUGUCGAUACGCAUUUUGGCAUAAAUAAAAUGGCCUUACGAGAAACAAACAAAAUGAAUUUUGAAUUGGACACUGACACAAGAAUGGCUGUGGAUUGCUUGAUUGCCAUGUCAAAAAGUCAGAGCGACCAUACAUAUGUGUUGACUUGUGAUCCACCGACGGAUAGUCAGCAGGGCGUCGUUUUAGUCUCAUCCUUGAAUCAGCAACAAUGCCACCAAGUGGAAAAUCAAGGGCACCUCGAUCAUCAGUCUGAUGUCUUGUCAGUUGCAGAUUGUUUAAACGCUCGUAUAGUUGCGAGAAUUCUGGCAGAUCUUAAAUCAAUAAAACAAGAAAGUUGUUAUCAUGAAGACUACCAUCUGGGUGUCUCAGAGUCCAGUUCAGCAGCCACGCUUGAAGUCGUUGCUUGUACGAAAGUGGCAACGGCCACGCCUACCCUGGGCAAAAGACUUUUAGAUCACGCUUUCGUUAAAGCCAACAGCAUUCACGGCAAGAAAAUCCACACGUGUACUCAUCCAGGUUGUGAGAAAUCGUAUAACAAAAGUUCACACUUGAAGUCUCAUAUGAGGACACAUACAGGAGAAAGACCCUUUGAGUGUAACUGGGAAGGGUGUGAGAAGAAGUUUGCCAGAUCAGAUGAGUUAACCCGCCAUAAGCGAACACAUACAGGUGAAAAGAACUUUCAGUGCCCUAUGUGUGAGAAGCGAUUCAUGCGAAGUGAUCACCUGAAAAAGCAUGCCAAACGACAUGCACUGUUUCAUCCAGACAUGAUCCCAUCUGGCAGUCGGCAAAUCCUGUCCGCUUCACAUUACUCUGAUGAAAGUUCUUCACAGUUUCAGGCCACACUAGAAGAUGAAGAACUCAACAGUGAUGGGGCGUCACAAGGGUCUGACUCUUGUCCACCUGGGCCAACUUAA